AUGGCCCGGGUGGGACCUGAAAGCUCACCUGGUUCCCAUGGGUACAGCAGCUUCCAGCUUGUUUAUCAAUGGGUUAAUCAAUAUCUUGUUUAUCAAUGGUUUAUCAAUAGCUUGUUCAUCAAUGAGUUUAUCAAUAGCUUGUUUAUCAAUGGGUUUAUCUAUAACUUCUUUAUCAAUGGGUUUAUCCAUAGGGGGUUUAUCACUGGGUUUAUCAAUAGAUUUAUUGAUGGGUUUAUCAAUGGAUUUAUUAAUGGGCCUAUCCAUGGGUUUAUUGAUGGGUUUAUCAAUAGAUUUAUUGAUGGGCCUAUCAAUGGGUUUACCAAUGGGUUUAUCCAUGGGUCAAUCAAUGGGUUUAUCAAUGGAUUUAUUGAUAGGCCUAUCAAUGGAUUUAUUGAUGGGUUUAUCAAUGGGUUUAUUGUUGGGCCUAUCAAUGGAUUUAUUGAUGGGUUUAACAAUGGGUCAAUCAAUGGGUCAAUCGAUGGGUUUAUCAAUAGGUCUUUCAAUGGGUUUAUCAAUGGGUUUAUCAAUGGGUCUAUCAAUGGGUCUAUCAAUGGGUCAAUCGAUGGGUUUAUCAAUGGGUCAAUCAAUGGGUUUAUCAAUGGGUCUAUCAAUGGGUUUAUCAAUGGGUCUAUCAAUGGGUCAAUCGAUGGGUUUAUCAAUGGGUCAAUCGAUGGGUUUAUCAAUCCGUUUAUCAAUGGGUUUAUCAAUGGGUCAAUCAAUGGGUCAAUCGACGGGUUUAUCAAUAGGUCAAUCAAUGGGUCAAUCAAUGGGUCUAUCAAUGGGUCAAUCAAUGGGUCAAUCGAUGGGUUUAUCAAUGGGUCAAUCAAUGGGUCUAUCAAUGGGUUUAUCAAUGGGUCUAUCAAUAGGUCAAUCAAUGGGUCUAUCAAUAGGUCUAUCAAUGGGUCAAUCAAUGGGUCAAUCGAUGGGUUUAUCAAUGGGUUCAUCAAUCACUGGUCUCUGCAUUGAUCACCGAAGCACACAAGAACAUUUCAGGCUCCUCCAUAUUUUGGGGAUUUCUCCUCUUUCCGUCGUUUGUUUGACGAGGAAAGGGCUCGGAUUCGACUCCCUUUGAUCCCAACCUUUCCCUUUCCUCCAGCCCGGGGCGUGUGACCCCCCCCGACCCCCCCGACCCCCCAGCCCUUUGUGCUGCACCCAACUCGGGGACCUUUUGUGCUGAAAACACCAAAAAAAGAGAAUUAAAGGCUGUUUGGAAAAUGUGAA